GUCUACAUUUGCAAUUUUCAAUUUGAAGGGAGGACUGCAAGUCCAACAGAUAAGACUCCCUCUUCGUUCAUUUUCUUUCGUUCCCGUUCGCUCCAAUGGCCGGUGCCCUAAUUCCCAGCUGCACUCUGUUACACUCUUCGCAUCUCUUGAACUUCAGGGCACGAAGUCGGCCGAGUUCUGCUCCGCCGUCGACAGAACCCUUUAUUUCUUCUCGGCCCGAAAAGUUCGGCUUCCAACUUCUGUCCAGCCGUUCUGGAAGGCAGUGCUUUCCCUCGGUGGCUGCGGCGGAAUCGACGGCGACGUCCAAUAUUUUGGUAGGAGACGACGGUUCGAUAAGCAUCGAUGCACUGAGGCGCUUCUUCGAUCUUAGCAGCGGCAAGUGGAAUGGCUCCUUUUACCAAUUUGAUGGCAAUGGGCGUAUGCUUCAGCGUGUGAGCACGAAGCUCUCUGUAAGCACGUAUGGGGAGGAUGACCUAAUAAGUCUUAUUCAAACGUUAUACAUAAAGCAGCCUCCUUCCAGUACAAUGGUGUCGGGUUAUGAUUCUGAACCUGAAUGGUUGGAAUACAAAAUUAAAGAGACUAAUAUGCUCACUGUUGAUAAAUAUCAACAGAUUGGGUUUUUUCCAACAGAAAAAGCUUUCUCUCUUAGAUAUCAAACUGCCGGAAUGCUGGAAACUGUAUUGCGUGCUGGUGUGCUCGGUGAAGAUGACAUUGGAGAGGAAUCUCCUAGAAAUUUGAAGCUUCCUUCUCGUUUCCCUUCUGUUGUUUGUGAGAACUGCCUCUACUCCCUGAAAGAAGACAUGCGAAUAAGAGCUUUCCAUAUUAUGGACCCCAAGGGUGUUGUUGAUAUGCUUCUUAUUUUUCUUGAACAACGAGAUGAUGCACCGUCAAGUAUCUCUUCUUUCAGCUUACAAGAUGUCCCAGACAGGAUAAUUCCAUUCCUUGGUAAAUGGAAAGGUCACUCUAUAACCAAGCGUAGUGGUGUUUAUGGUGCAACAAUUGCCGAAGCUGACACUGUUGCUUUUCUUGAAUUAGAUGAGAAUGGUCAGGUAGUCCAGGAUAUAACCUCAACUUCCACAAACGGAUCAACAGCCAACAUUCAUUGGUCUGGAACCGUUUCAGGCAACAUAAUCAAAUUUGAUGGAGGCUUUCAGCUGACCCUUUUACCUGGAGGAGUGUAUAUGGGAUUCCCCUGUGACAUUGCCAAGAGUGUUUCCCAAUCACAAUCCUUCCAUUUAGAGCUCUGCUGGAUCGAGUCGCCGGAGAAGCGGCAGAGACUUGUUCGCACCUACGACAUGGAUGGCUUAGCCGUAUCAUCGACGUACUUCCUCGAGACCCGAGUGUACUAAGUCCUCCACUUCUCCAGCCCAAUAUGCUGUGUUGAUCUAAUUCUAGAAUGCUUGAUUUGAAAAAGUGUGAAGUCACUAUAACAAGCGUUUAUAUUCUUCUGCCAAAUGCUGUAAAUUAUAUACAUAACAGGUGUUUAGUAGCUAAAUGUUAUAAACUUCUGUCUUUUCGUUGUCUUCCAAAGAGGUGUGAGUGGAAGGAAAAUAAGUUAAAAAAAAAAAGAAAAAAAAAAUCUUGUGCGUUUAA